GGCCUCAAGGGGGCCGGCAGCCAGUCUGCCGGCCCCGUGGAGGACAGAGGUGGGGCCAACCGACUUGCCCAGCGACGCCGCAUCAAGCAGAUCCAGGACGUCCUCAAGAUGCUCGACAAGGAGUGCGUGGACAAGCUGGGCAAGGAGCGGGGCCGCUUGGGGGCGGAGCUGUUCGCCGAUCGGCCGUCCGAGGACAAGGCCGCGCCCGUCGCAGCCAGAGCGCGGUCGGCCCGUGCCGAGGUCGAGGAACUCCAGAAGGCCCGCGCCGCCCAGCAGCUCCGCAGUGACGAGCUGGCGGCGGAGCGCGCGCAGUCUGUUGAGCAGAUGCGCGUGGCGGAG